AUGGAGAAACUGCACGAGUACCAGGGCUGGGCGGGACGGUGGCAUGAGUGGCGCGCCGGGACUCGCCAGCGGCUCGACGCUUGGCGCGAGCGACAUCCGGGCGGUGUGCGACAGUUCGUACAGGAAACGGUCCGGCAAGGCUGCUCGUUGCCGUCCGGUCCGGCCCAGCGUGGCACGACCGAGGAGCUGGGCGUCGGCACGGGAUGGAACGAGAGUGCCGUCGAUUUCUCGCACAUCUAUCGCCGUAAGACACGCCUCGAGCUGAUCCGCAUCUCGGCCGCGGUGAUGGGAAUCGAGUUUUCGUACGCAGCCGAGACGGCGUUUGUAUCGCCAACGCUGCUCAAGAUCGGCGUAGAGCACCAGCAUAUGACGCUGGUCUGGUGUCUAUCGCCCCUGGUUGGCUUCUUCCUGACGCCGGUGCUCGGCUCGCUGAGUGACCGGUGCCGCAGCAACCUGGGCCGUCGGCGUCCGUUCAUCCUGCUGCUCUCGCUCGGCGUCCUGCUCGGACUGCUGCUCGUGCCGAACGGCGAGGACGUGGGGUAUGCCAUGGGCGACUUCAAUCCGUACGCCGUCAACGCAACACUCAACGAUACCGGCGGUGGAGCGAGCGAAGCUGAUGCGCCCGCCAAGCGUCCCCGACACCCGUGGGGCAUCUUCUUCACCAUUCUCGGCACGGUGCUGCUCGACUUCGAUGCCGACGCCUGUCAGAGUCCGGCCCGGGCGUUCCUGCUGGACGUGACGGUCCCGGAGGAUCACGCGCGCGGACUGUCCACCUUCACCAUCAUGGCGGGCCUGGGCGGUUUCAUGGGCUACUCGCUCGGCGGCAUCGACUGGGAUAGCACCUCGCUUGGCGUCGUGUUCGGUGGUCACGUCCGUGCCGUCUUCUCGCUCAUCACGGUCAUCUUCGUGGUGUGCGUUCUCUGUACCGUGACGAGCUUCAGCGAGAUCCCGCUGUGGAUUCUGGAGGAGGAAAUCGAGCGCCAGGAGCCACCAGCUCCGGCUGACCCUGCGGCCGGGGAGGGUAAGUCCCCGGACCAGGAUUCCGCACUGCAGGGUCGCCCGGAACCAGCCUCGUACGGUUCGGUGGAAAGGAAGAGCGCUGUAGUCGCUGGCGGUCAGUACGACGUGCUUCCUGGCGAAAACUUUGCCGAAACUAGCUUCAGUCGCAAUGGUAUCAGGCCGCCGGGGGUGGAGGUAGCUGGCGGUAGCGAGCCCGCACCGAAGGGGAGCGACGCCGACGCUACGGCCCCGUCCGUCACGCUCGGCAUGUACCUGCUCUCCAUCGUCUAUAUGCCGCACUCGCUACGCAUGGUCUGCCUCACGAACCUGUUCUGCUGGAUGGCGCACGUCUGCUACUCGCUCUACUUCACCGACUUCGUCGGGGAGGCCGUGUUCGAUGGCGAUCCCAAGGCGCUGGACGGAACGGAGAAGUACCUGCUGUACGAGGCGGGCGUCCGCUUCGGCUGCUGGGGUAUGGCGAUGUACUCGCUGUCCUGCGCCUGCUACUCGCUGAUCAUCGAGCGGCUCAUCCGGCGGUUCCGCGCCAAGCGCGUCUACGUCGGCGGACUCCUCUUCUACUGUCUCGGCAUGUCGCUGAUGGCGCUCUCCAAGCACCGCGUUGGCGUGAUCGUCUUCAGCUGGACCGCCGGCGUCAUGUACUCGACGCUCUUCACCAUGCCCUACCUGCUGGUGGCCCACUACCAUUCGGAAGGAGUCUUCGAAGUGAACGACUGCGGUGUGGCGAAGCACGCCGAGGUGCCCAGCAUCCGCGGCCUCGGCACCGACGUGGCCAUCGUCAGCAGCAUGGUGUUUCUGGCCCAGUUCGUGCUCUCGAUCUGCAUGGGCUCGAUCGUCGCCUGGACCGGCACGACCACCGCUGUCGUCAGCAUUGCCGCCAUGCUCAGCUUCUGUGGGGCCAUCUCGGCAACCCAGAUCAUGUAUCUGGAUUUGUAA